CUUGCCCCAACCAUAUAACAUUUCUUUCCACUCCUUUUAUCAACUGAAAAGCUCUUUGGCUCUCAAAUUACCCUUUACUCUCUAUGGAGCCACCGGAAAAUGACGCCGUGGCUGUUGCAUCAGCUGAGAAAAUCAUCCUCCGCUGGGACUCCACAGCCUCCGAGGACGCCAGGGACAGAAUGAUCUUCGACGGCGAUCGAUAUGAGAUCGACAAAUACUUCCAAGCCGUGGAUGAAAUCCAACGGUCAAUGGAAUCCGCCAGCAUCUCAGACGACUCUGCUAAGGCCAACAGCGCGAUCCAGAUCACCAUGGCCCGCCUGGAAGACGAGUUUCGCAAUAUUAUCAUUGCUCAAAAUUCCCCUCUUGAAGCCGACACUCUGACCGAUCCCAGCUCUUGUUCCUUCCGCUCCACCGCUUCUAUUGGUAGCAGCGACGGCCACUUGAGCUUGCUGCCGCCGCCCCUGCACACCGAGGAAGACGAUUUCACCGAGACCAGCUUGGCAAGUUUGGUAAAGAAAAUGUGAUCCUUCCAGGAAACUUAGCCUUUCUUUUCGUGUGAUUCCUUUGCCUAAAAGGGGCGGCUCAAGCAUCAUGUAUGGAAGGUGCACAAAGUAUUCAGGAUGCCACAAAAAACUUCACUCAUUCAGCGAAAUCUUCUCGCCAGAUCAGGGCAUAAAGCUUGUGAAUUCUCCAUUUUCCAAUCUAAGGGCAACCAUUCACUCUUAAGUUGAAUUGUCCAAUUUUCAAGAUUGAUUAUAACAAAAUUGUCCAUUCACUCUCAAAUCACCUUUGGCUCCAUAUGCUUGUUAAUUCGGGGAUGCAAAUAGGGUUUCUUGAAAGGGUAAUUUGAGAGCCAAAGGGAAAGGGUAAUUUGAGAGCCAAAGGUGAAAUGUGUAUUUUGGUAGUGGUCCCCUAUCC